AUGGCAGAAGCUCGUCCAGCAUGGAUGACAGACGAUUUAGACGAAGAGUGGAUAGACGAAGACGAAGCGUCGUCCAUGGGCACUCAGUCCAUCUCUCUCACAACUCCAUUACCCGGCUACCUGCGAACCCCAAGUCAAGCUCAGGAGGACACUGAGCCACUUCCAGCAGCACCUGAACCCGUCGGUACGUUCUUGAUCCGCGAGGAUAUACCCGCUCCAGCUCUCUUACAAAAGACACCGGGCCGACAACCUAAGAGGGGCAUCAUUAAAGACUUCUUCAGUCCUUUAGCACUCGAGAAAAUGUUCGAGCCACCUUCACCACCACCUCCGAAGCCAACUGCACUUACGCUUCAUAUAGAAUGCAAAUUUACUUUUACCGUUCCUCGCACCAAUGGCAAUGUGCCUCAGGCAGAAAGCACCCCAGGUGUUUACAGCAUCGCACGACCUCCCAUGACAGAUCCACGCCUACGCCUUUUUCAGCUUCAGUACGACACAUUCACGCGUGAUCACUUGUCGGCAAUGGUCGAUUCAAUUGCAAUAAAUACGCCCUCUGGUGGAAGCGCAGAAGGCAAUGGUUCUUCCAGGAGUAUCCCACGCCUAGCAUUGGUCAACGUGCAAGAGGCCACCGUCUCAGAUGACACACCUAUUCGCAGCAUUAAACGGGUCAAACUCAGCCCUCCAAGCCACUAUUAUGGUGAAGGCGAUGGUGCGGGUGCUACCAUCGCGAGGCCAAUGUUCUCAAGGGUAGACUAUGUUGGCGAGUCUCGUUCCCUCAUGCAACAGAUCAAGGCCGCACGCGAUUACUCUACGAUAUCUACUACGGCAGGUCCGCAGUCCCCCGAAUGUCAAGGACUGGUACCUCUGUCCUUCGUGUCCCUGAUGAUCGCAGCAGCGGUGACUACGAGUUCAUCGACAGCUGUAACUGCUCCCAGUAACCAUUCGUCUUUGGCAUAUCGCCAUCAAGCAGCGACCCUGAUGCAGCAGAUCAAAAACGAUAUUCGAGGUUCUAAACGUCUUUUCUCGGUUGCCACUGACAUAUCCCAUCUCACCCAUGCGGACGACGUUUCGCAUAUCGAACGCUCGUGCGACAGUGCGUGGUCGGUAUCUCAAGUCAAUGUUGGCAAGAAGAGAGCCAAUAAGUUUGGGUCACCCCGCAGGCCGUCAUCUUCUUCCAGGAACUACCGCAGUCCCCGGAAAGCGUCACGCAACACCAUCACUGAGGAUGCUGACCGAACGUUGGAGCACGAAAUGUCCAAUAUGUCCAUUGAAGCACCCUGGCAGCAGCCAGUUACGUCCGUGUCUGUCACACCCAACGCUGGCCUCAAUAACGUCCCAUACAUUCGGGUAACUCCUUCUACAAGUCAGCAAUCUAUGGCACAUCCUCCUGCACAGAUCCCUCCUUCGUAUCCCUCGUCCUCGACCUGCUCUGGCUCCAAUGAGGAUCUUAACAGGAUGGUGUCCUCUAGCACAGCUUCUGGUAGCACAGCUUCUGGAACCAUAACCACAACGAGCAGUGCACCCUCGUUCGUAAAACACGCCGGUCCAGUUCAGAUCACCCGCAUCGCGCCAUCAGACGUACCAGCUCUCCCACAGAGGGUCGGCCGUAUGGUCUACGACAAGGAUCUCAUGAAGUGGGUGAGGGUCGCUACUCGUGCGGCCUCAGAUGCCGAGGACCAGCGCGAUCAGACAACUUGUACUGGCACAGAUGGAGAUAGUGAGGAUCCAUUCAAAGACAUCGAAAGCCUGAAGGAAGAUGACUCCAGGGAUACGCAUGGGAGUGCACACAUGGAUGUUGGGGGUGAUACCCCUGAAGCUGGAGGAGAGCAGGAUGAAUUGGAGAUGAGUCGCAUCGAGGAGGUCGAGGAGGACGUGGAACUAAAUGAUCAGGAAGAAGUUGACCUGACAUCCUUUUCCUUCGACGGGCCAUUGGUCGCAGCUAUUCGGGUUGUGCCAUCGGACGAUUCGGAAGGAGUUGAGGAAGUACAAACAAGCGAUUCCGAAUCAGACGAUCGCCAUGGAGCUGCGCUUGGGGAUGAAGGCGAGGACGCUGCUGCAAUCUUUGAAUCGGAAGAUGAAUUCUCGCCUGAACUGCGAGCUCCUUCGCCCAUCCGGCCUGCUUCGAACUCUACUGCGGUGGCUGUUACCCCAAAUGCGCCACAAUGUCGGUCAUUAUCGCUUAUCACUCCAAUGCCCCGCUCGGCCCUGAAGAGCACGAGUGUCACUCCCGUGUCAGCUAUGAAGGAUCCGAGUCGUGAUCGGCACCGUACUCCAGCCCAGAGACUCGGCCGUCGUCGUUCCAGGGACGGGCCUAUACGGGGCCUGAACCCAAAAGGCCACGGGAGCGAUGACGACGUUGGUAGCCAUGCUACGAGUGUUUCAGAGGAUGACCCUGCACAGGGGUUAUUUAUUCCCUCGGCAAGGUCCAGACGCAUAGCGGAGAUGAUGCAGAACCUAGAAAGCCCUGGGUUCAAUAACGUUUCCCCCACGAAAUCAUCAAGUUCGGGCCGUCCACCGACAGAAGAACUUCAGCCCUUCGCUUCAAGGCGGCCGAGUAGUCAAAUGGCUGUUGCCGAUAGUAGUGGAUCGACUCGUCGUGUCUUUUCGACGUCGCAAAAGGGUUGCUUGAGUGGGAAGGAUCAGAAGGCAAACGCUACUUUCUUGACUGAGUGCUCCUUUGGCUUGGCGCAUGACCGACUCGUGCAGGUGAUCACUGAUGUCCAGCCAUUUGAGCCACACUGGGAUGAGCUGCACGCUAUUGACCUUUCUCGCAAGUCGUUGGAUGGUGUGACUCGACUGAAGGAGUUUCUACCGACGCUGGAUUCUCUAGUAUUAAAUCACAAUCAGCUGUCAUGGCUGAGCGGCAUUCCCAAUUCCGUGCGGACGCUUUCUGUCGCUCACAACUUGCUGACAGGUGUCACUUCAUUUAGUCACUUGCAGAAUAUUGAAAGCCUCGAUAUAAAACUGCAGUGUCUUCGACACUUGAGGGAGCUUCGAGCUGAUGGUAAUCGUAUUACCAGCAUCGACGGCCUUCAGAAAUUGGACGGGCUGACCAAGCUUAGUCUACAAGGUAACCAAAUUCAGGCAGCCGACUUUGCCAAAUUUCGAUGGCCGCGUUUGGAGAUGUUAAACCUGAGCGGGAACUGUGUUCGCAGUAUCUUGAACUUGGCAUCAAGCCUACCUGCACUAAUUGCGCUCAAUGUCGACAAUAAUAUAAUGGGCAAUAUUGAGCCUGGUGGCAUAAUGCCAAGAUUACGCAUCCUUCGAGCUAGCGGCAAUCGACUCAAGCAUCUGAAUGUUGCCCCCAUUUCCAAACCUCCGCACGCUGUACCUGGACAACAAUUCUCUCGACACUCUCGCAACAAACUCAAGAGCGACUUUAUUGAAGAGCCUUGUUACAAUUUGCUGUACCUUGAGGUGGCCGCCUGCCGGCUGACCUCUCUCCCGCAUGACCUCGCGCGUCUAACGCCAAAUCUGAGAGUCCUGAACCUCAACUAUAACUUUUUGAAUGAUGCUCUCUCUCUGGAGGGGCUUACCAGACUUAGGAAGCUCACUAUGAUUGGUUCUCGCUUGAAGGGGACUAAACAGCUGAUCCGCAUAUUACAGCGUAUGCCCGAUGUGGAAAUGCUCGAUUUUAGGAUGAACCCCUGUACACUUGGGUGGUACCUCCCACUUCUGGUGAAAGACCUACCAGGGGCAUUACAACCAUCCGAGAGAAAUGACAGUAGCGAGGGAGAGGUUCACCCCAGGGGUGAGAAGGGAAGCACGGAAUAUGGAUGGCAAGAACUGGACUCAAAGUUCCGCCGGGACCUCCCGGAUGACGCAUAUGUCGGCCGCCUCGCAUAUCGAGGGCUAGUCAUGAGAGCAUGUCCCCGGAUAGGGAUGUUAGACGGUGUUGAGGUUUCGGAGAAGGAACGGGCGAAGGCUGAUCAACUGCUGCAGGGUAUGAUGGCAAAGAAAAGACGUAAGUGA